AUGCUUCCGCGUGUGGCUGCGUCCUUGGAAGAUGCGCAGGAGCAGGUUUCUACUAGUAAGGGAGCAAAUGCAAGCAGAGUCUUUCGACACGAGACAUCGUCAACCGCUGGCGAGAUCACCCGGCUUACAAGAGACCCGCCAAUCAACAAGCUUCCUCUAGAAUUAUUGACACGCAUAUUCUGGCUGACAGUACCCCCCUUCAAAGGAUUCGACGCUGUCAUUCAAGGCUUCUGGUGGCCUAAUAUCGCACGAGUGGCAAAGACCCGAGAGUUGGUGCCGCUCACGCAUGUGUGCAAGGGAUGGCGCGCAAUUGCUCUACAGACACCAUUCUUAUGGAGUUCUAUCAACGGCAGCAAUAAUCUCGCGGAACCACAACGCGCAGCGCUCUGGGCAGCACGGGCCCCGCCGUCAAUACCUACCGCGGACGCGUUUUUGGCGAGAUCUGCCAGCAUACCUAUCAACAUCUUUGCACAACGGGACCUUCACCCGUCCGUACUCUCGAUGUGUCGUAACCACAGCUCUCGCAUUCAAGAGUUGCACCUAUUCUGCAUUGACGACAAAGUGGAGAAGAUCGUGUCCUUGACCGACUUUCCUGCUCCAUGUCUUGAAUAUGUGACUGUCCAUGCAGCUCAGUCAAUGGGCUACGCUCGUGGCCUGCCGCCAACUGGUUCAUAUACAGUUUCGCUAUUUUGCGGCCAAGCGUCUAUGCUUCGUUAUCUGACCUGGCAAAUCGGCACCUGCCUUCCAAGCAACCAAUUUCUCUCCCUCACGCAUCUCAGCAUACGCCCCGUCAUAUCCGCUGUGCACCACCAAUGGCAGCUAACAGAUUUAUUGACGCUACUGUCUGGAUGUCCAGCCUUGCAGGAGCUGGUACUUGCCCGCUUACAAGAUAGUCUGAGGUAUGACGACGUCCCAAGCGUUGCACUGGCGUCUUUGCGUAAAAUUAGGGUGGGAUGGGUUCACCCUACGCUGGCGACUUGGCUGAUUGAACACAUCAUACCUAUCGAGAACGCAACGGUGCACAUCGAGUCAACUACUGAUACCUGCCCGUCUUCAUGCCGUCCAGCUCGCAUGCCGAUGUACCGCGGCGAGCUCGCGCGGGUAUUCCUCUCCACGGAUAUGAAUGACGUCAUAACGACCGUCACUGCUGUUGGUGUGACCUCGGGAGGUAUUUGUGUCGAGUGGGCAUCGAAUCGAUACAGACGAAAGUGCCCAGCUUGCCUUCACUGGGCGCCAUCCUUGUGGGCAGUGUGGCCGCUGGCAAGCACCCGGGAGCUUUGGAUCAGCGAGCAUGUGGAUCCUGAAUGGCUGGGCGGAUACCCUACGAUCUUCCGAUCACUCCCAUGCCUCAAGACAAUAUUCUUCUGCGAGAGCGUGUACCCCAAGUUUCGUUUCGGAAAAUACUUUGACGCUUUCGUGGCAGCGCUAUCAGCGCGUUGUACAAACGGCGUAUCCGCCUUUUGCCCCCGGUUGAAGACACUGCAUCUCUACCUUGUAACCGAAGCUGUAGGUCUGGAAACCUUGGCGCAGUUGAACGCGGCAAGGCGAGCGCUAGGCUUGGAGGCCGGGGAGAUUCUCCGACAAGAAGGAUCUACCACAGCUGGGAGAUCACCACGAGUUCAUUGA